GCCAUGUGGCUGCGAAGUGUUUGCGACUUCGAUCCUGCCUUCCUUCCCCCAUGUCGCUCGCAGAAAAAAAGACUACGGGCGCGACCAAUGGUUUAACAUUGGAUGAAAUUCUCAGUAAAGACGUAGAGCUCAAAGUCGAUGGCGAAUUGAACGAAGACGACGCGAUUGAAGAAGAUGAGGCCGCCCAUGUCCCCAAAGAGGGCUACUGUGACAAACCUUCGGUCUCCUUCCAUCCACGG